UUACCUUUUGAGAAAGCGCUUCAGGAGUGUGCAGCCAGUCAGAGGGAGCGUUAGCCUUUAACCAAUCAGAUGCAGCUGGGGGGGGCUGGCGAAGCUCAAAGUGAUCUACUGCCACCGGAUCCAACAGUUUGGACCGGUUGGAGCACGUUCUGAGACCUGACGCCAGCAGCUGUGACGGGAGCCGGUCCGGGUGAAAAACACCUGAGGCUGUGAUCGCUGUGGGCGGAGCUUAGCUGCAGUGAAGCAUCAUGGGCGCCGGCAGAUGGACAAACCAACCGUGGGCCGACCACUGACACCCAGACGCGCUCACCAUGGAUCAGGGCUUCAGUUUAAAUUCUCUGAAGAAGCUGGCGGCAGAGCCGGACUACACGGACGUGACGCUGACGGCGGCGGAGCGAGUGCGAGCGCUGGCCAAGAUGGGAUGCUGCGUAGAGAUCAACGAGGAAAUCGAGCCGAGACGCUACUUCCGCUCCGGCGUGGAGAUGGAGCGCAUGGCAGCCGUCUACCUGGAGGAGGGGAGCCUGGAGAACGCCUACGUCCUCUACACCAAGUUCAUCACGCUGUUUGUGGAGAAGCUGCCGAGCCAUAGGGAUUACCAGCAGUGUUCGGCCGUUCCAGAGAAGCAGCUCAUCAUGAAGAAACUCCAGGAGGUGGCGUUUCCUCGGAAGGAAGAGCUGAAGAAACGACUGCAGGAGAAAUACAGCAGGGAGCACUCAGAGUACUCCAGAGUGCAGAGCCAGGCCGUGGUGGUGGACGGCUGUGGUCAGCAGCUGCAGCGGCUCUCUUUCUUAGAGGAGGACAGGCGGCGGGUCCUGCUGCUGGAGGAGGAGAAGCAGCGCGUAGCGGCGCUGCGACGCAUGCAGAUUGAGUCGGAACAGUUCCGCUACUUUGAGGACCAGCUGAGGCGCCAGGAGCUGGCAAAUAAGAGAGGAGAGGAGGCGGAGCUAAAGCUGCAGACCAAAGUGCCUGAGGUCACAGAUGGCUCCUGUUUGUGUAAGCAGCCAAUCAAAAGCAGCGUAGAUUCUCAGGGGGUGGACCCGAACAGGAACAGGCCGUCUGCGCCCAUGAAGCAACCAGUGGCCGCAUUAGCAGGAGUACACAAUCAGAGGGUGGAGGGUCUGAGGCGGGUGGUGAUUCCCAGAGACCUGACCUACCGGUUCCUCCUGCUGGCUGACUCCAACACAGCCAGAGGGAUAGAAACCUGCGGCGUCCUGUGCGGGCAGCUGACCCACAACGAGUUUGUGCUGACUCACGUGGUGAUCCCAAAACAAUCAGCCGGACCGGAUUUCUGCGACAUGGAGAACGUGGAGGAGCUGUUCGGUUUCCAGGACCAACAGAACCUGCUGACGCUGGGGUGGAUCCAUACCCAUCCCACCCAGACGGCGUUCCUGUCCAGCGUGGACCUCCACACUCACUGUUCCUACCAGCUGAUGCUGCCGGAGGCCGUGGCCAUCGUCUGCGCUCCCAAACACAACGAUACGGGUGUGUUCAGACUCACCGGUGCCGGAAUGAUGGAAGUUUCCGGAUGCAGACUAAAAGGUUUCCAUCCCCACUCCAAGGAGCCUCCUCUGUUCACGGUCUGUAAACACGUGGUGUUCAGGGACUACAAGCUCAACCUGUUGGACCUCAGGUGACAGAAAGGAGGCGCUGCUCAUCUGUUUACUGCCAUGCUUUUAUUCUGAAGAGGAAACUGUGAACUCGCUGCCUCAGCAUGUGUGUGUGUGUGUGUGUGUGUGUGUGCGUGAACCUGUCGGCUGCUCUCUCCGCCGCGGGUCUCUGUUUUUCUGCCUCUUGUCUGUGAUGCAGUGGACAAUGGGCUCACUGCACCUAAACAAACAUCAGAAGUCAGAGUGAUCGAGUGCCUUCACGUUGAAACGUACAGGAUGAAUGAUGCUGCAGCGCUGUGAACUCUACAUGAACACAACGUUUCUUGAAUCUGCUGUGAAACCAGAAAUCUGCUGUUUUAUUUGCACUGAUGUUUUAAACACAGCAGCUGCAUCGCAACCCUUUAAUGGUGUUAGAAAAAUACACCGCAAACUUUCUGACAUUUCUUUUUCUACUCUGCAGUUGUUGUUUUUUUUUUUAUGCGCUGAACAGCUCAGAGACCAGCGGCUGAUCUGUUUGAGCCCGAGCUCUCGUCUGAGAACAGGAGAACAGUCAAAUCAAACGCAGUCUGCAGGUUUGACCUCAGACUGGGUCUCUACCAGGCUGGCUGCACUUGCAUCUGACCCUGUAGAGCUAAACCGGCUUUCUGCCUCUCAGGCUGCAAGAGAGCUGCUGAUGAGCUGCAUGCAAGCGGUACUCAGGGCUUUAACAAUGCUGUACAUGCUGCUGCCUGUAGCUUUUUGAACUACUCAGCUGAUCCAGUCAGUGUUCUGGAAGGACCCGGUUCAGUCAUAACGUGGCAGGACCCAAACGAGGCACUGAUGAUUUCAUUAAUUUGUUACCUUAGCAACCUUAGGCCAGCAGGUCACUCUAGCUGACAGAACGGCAGCACACGCUGGUCACCAUGGCAACGCUCAGUCUGCAGGUAGUACUGCACAGGCAUGUAAGUUCAGAUUAAUGUGGAGCAUUAAAAACCCGUCUGAUCAGGACCGGGGUACCGUUUGGGUUGUGUAGAAAGCAUCGUCUCCAAAGGAAACAGCAUUUCUUCAGGAACCUUCUCGUUGUUCGCUGAGUGACCUCCAGGUUUUCUCCUGAGCAUUAAGAGCAGGGGUGGAUGAAAAGGAAUAAAUCUGGUUAAUAACAGGGAAAAUAAAUGAAGAGAAUUUACCUCCAAAAAACAGUAUUUUCAGUUAAAUGUAUUCAUUUCUUUUUUUUUUCUAUGCGGAAUUUUUUUUCCAUACAAUUUACAAACUUUUUGUAUGUAAUUUGAUUUCCGUUUACUGUUUUUUGUUUUACCUCACGUCUUUCUUCCAGCCACCGUUCUGAUUUUGCCUCCAUUAGCUGGUCAGCUUUAGAUGUGAGGAGAGGGAAUAUUCAGCUGUCAUUUCUUCCCUCAGGUGUGCUCAUAAACUGAUCCUAUUUUUUUCUACCGAUGAAACAUUUUAACAACUUGGAUGGAAAGAACUUGAACUUGAUUGGCUCCAAGGAAACCGAUGAUCCCAUAAGACAACCUAAAAAAAGACAAGAAAUCAUCUUACUCUAUAAAAAUUAGAACAUUAUUCAAAAAAGCUGUCUAUUGAAACAGCAGUUUUGAUUUAAAAUAAAAAAUAAAGGAAUAUGGAAGAAUUAAAGUUAUUUAACUGAAUGAAUCAGAACCUUCCAUGAAAACUAUAUACUUAAUGUUUAGCGGUUAGAGUUUUAUUUUUACCGGAACGGUCCUUUAUCUAAUUGAGCCACUUUUAAUGAUUUUUACAUUCUUAAAAUGUUGAUGAUGGUGAUGUACUUUGAUGCAGAAAAUGAUGUAAUCUCACCAGCAGGAGGUGAAAACACACCCUUUUAAAAUGGAAAUCAGAAGAAUUUCUAGUCUUAGUUCUGGACUGUAAAGAGUUGUGCAUUGAUGAUGUGAGUAGAUCCUUCUUUUUGUCUGUGACGUGUUUCUGACUCGGAUCUUUCCUCACUGUUAUGUCCUGCUGUUUUUUUUUUUUUUUGUUGUUUUUUUUGCUGACUGGUCAGUUUGCCAUGGAGUUGUGAGGUUGUGUGUUGAGCGUCUAAACGAGGCGGAGGCUCAGUAGCUGCAUGGCUGUAACUCAUCAGCUGUGUCCAUGUGGGAAUCUGACUGCUGUUUGGAUGCUGAAUCAAGUUUUUGGUAAUAAAUCCAAACUGCUGCUCCUCCAUGUCAGAGCUGUUAAUAUUCUGAAGUUUACAUGUUUGAUUCUGUUCUUUAUCUGAGUUUGCAUGUGUUGAAGAUUGUGACAUCAGAGAUGAGAAACAUGGUCAAAUGUGCUCUCUUUAAGCCAACUUUGUGUUUGAAAGCUGUGUUUUUUGUAAAGAAUUGAACUGCUGAACUGUGACAGAGAUGCAUUCCUGUUUGAAGAUGAGAAUGUAGCUCUCAAUAAUAAAUGCUGAAAGUCCUAA